AUGCGCCUGUUGCGGCUACGCCAUGGCCUUGUUGCCGGAUACUCUCCCUUGAUACUCAGAACAAGUAUCUGUCGCUGUUUUUCUAGUUCCCAAGUUCAUCAUGAGCUGACACCAUUCGCCCGGCGGCUUUUCAAACUCCCCUUGGCCCCAUCUCCGCCCUCACAACAUCACAAUGACCUGACGACAUUUCUUUCAUACGCGGAGCAUAUUUCCCUUCCAGAGACUAGCACGGUAUAUGUCGGAACACACUAUGAAUAUACUGUUCUCCAAACCCUACGUCGCUAUGCGCUAAGCCUCGACCGCAUUGGCGGUCGUGACGACGCCGGCAUUGAUCUCGUUGGCACUUGGCACCUCCCGGAGCGGGAGCGAGAGCGCGCACUCCGCGUACUAGUUCAAUGCAAAUCACUCAAAGCCAAACUAGGUCCUAAUGUUGUCCGCGAAUUAGAGGGAACCUUCCGCCAGGCACCUGUCGGGUGGCGCACGGCCGAGACGGUUGGCGUGCUGGUGAGCCCGCGCGAGGCAACAAAAGGUGUUCGUGAUACGCUAGCUCGGAGCGCAUAUCCACUAUUCUGGAUGAUGAUCGAAAGGGACGGAACCUUGAAGCAGGCGCUUUGGAAUGCCCGUGCAGAGGAACUUGGGGUUGGCCCUCUAGGCGUGGAAACACGAUAUGGAACCACAGAAAAUGCAGAGUCGGGCUCAAUUACAAAGGAAAUGUUGUUGACGUGGGAUGGAUGUGAUAUCCCGGAUAUGGACCAGGUGGAGCAAAAGCUUAUCGAUUUUGCCGAGCAAUGGGUAGCAUCCUGGGGUAUGGAUUUGUCGGAAACCCAGAAAGAGGAGCUGCUGGAUACUGUAGAAAGAGUCCUAACUCAUGACAUCUCUACUCGAUUGCUUGAUAGGAUGAUAUCGGACACAGACCGGAAGAAGGUCAUUCAAGCUUUACAAGAGCGCCUAGCACAGCAGCAAGCAUCCGACUAA